AUGCUAUUGGAGAACAAUCCACUGUUCAACGCUGGCCACGGAGCGGUCUUUACCUCAAUAGAAACACACGAGCUCGAGGCUUCCGUGAUGGUAAGUAAAGGCUCUCGUAAAAGGGGUGUAGGCGCGAUGAGAGUCACCAAGGCCAAGAAUCCCAUCCUGUUAGCCAAGGAAAUGUUGCUGCGAGGUGAAGAGGACGAUGGAGGAGGUGCAGGACCGCAUGUGCAGAUCGCUGGUGAGACAUGUGAUAAGCUUGCAAGUCAGUGGGGCUUGGAUCUCGUAGAGCCAGAUUACUUCUGGACAAGGAAGAGGUGGGACGAACAUCGAAGAGGUUUGGACCUAUCUCACGACGAUGAGACGUACCAAAACCACAGGCGUGCUGCACAGGAGAAUUCUGAAGACACUGGUCUACCAAAGAGUGGUUUUGACAAUCCUGGCUGGGAUGGGCAAGAAUAUCUGCCACAAGGAACAGUUGGUUGCGUAGUCCUCGACAGUAGCGGCACAAUAUGUGUAGCAACUUCCACAGGGGGAAUUACAAACAAGCUGCCGGGUCGUAUCGGUGACACGCCUACGCUGGGCGCUGGCUUCUGGGCGGAGCAAUGGUAUCAACAUGUCACCAGCAUAUCCGCAGAUCACCAAUCGGGCUUCCUGUCAUCGAUGGCAGACUGUUUCCCAAGCAUGAGAGGCUAUGUGCCGCUACCACAUGUGCAACCGCCAGUCCCACGAGCCGUUGGCAUGUCGGGAACAGGUAAUGGUGACUCAUUUCUACGGCUAAGCGCGAUCAGAACCGCUGCUGCUAUGGCUCGUUUCUCGUGUGACAGUACCCAGCGUUGUGGUACGAUGCCACUACAAACAGCUGUGAGUGCCGUCGCCGGACCACACGGCGCUCUGCAGCAGUCUGCCGAAGAUCGAUGGCACAAGACUGGAGAAGGUGAGGGUGGUAUCAUCGGCAUUGACUUUGAAGACGGCAAAGGACAUAUUGUGGCGGAUUUCAAUUGCGGUGGUAUGUUCAGGGUGUGGAUCGACGACCAUGGAAGACACCGCAUGGCUGUCUUUAGAGAAGAGCUACCGUGA